CAAAACACGAAGAGUAAAGAAAGAGACAUAACAAACAGAGUUUCGAUUGAGAACUGAAGAGAAGUAAGUACGAGAAAGAGGAACAAAAGAUUCGAUUCAGACAAGAAAGAGAAAGUCUUUUCGAGUGGACCAUGGAAGAUGAUCGAAGUAACAUUCAUGAACUCGAUUUGGAAAAAUCAGAUCGACCUGUUUGGUUGAUGAAGAGUCCUGUAGUUGUCGCCAAGGCCUGGGGAAAGCAAGCUCCUUCUUCUUCUUCUUCCUCUUCCUCUGGAUUCAAUAGCUUGGCCAAGGUUGUUGAAUCCGUUGAUCCUCUACAAGCCGAGACCGAGUUUUUCAUGGAGAUGGUUGGUGCUGAGUAUGGGAACAUGCCAAAGAGCUACGCUUUGAACAUGUUUAAAGACUUUGUUCCAAUGGGUAUCUUCUCCGAAGCCAAUCUAGGUGAUCCAGCUAGCGAAGGAAAGGUAGAGCACAAGUUCGAUAUGAAGCCACACGGCGAAGACAUUGAAGAGUAUGCUAAGCUUUGUCGAGAGAGAACAAGCAAAUCCAUGGUUAAAAGUAGACAGAUACAGGUUAUUGAUAACGACCGUGGAGUACAUAUGAGGCCCAUGCCUGGAAUGCUUGGUUUAGUUUCCUCCAAUUCAAAGGAGAAGAAGAAACCUCCUCCAGUGAAGCAAACAGAGGUGAAGAGGACGAGGAGAGAUCGUGGGGAGCUUGAAGCUAUAAUGUUUAAGCUAUUCGAAGGCCAACCAAACUGGACUUUGAAGCAGCUUGUACAGGAGACGGACCAACCAGCUCAGUUCUUGAAAGAGAUACUAAACGAGCUGUGCGUUUACAAUAAGAGAGGAUCGAACCAAGGGACGUAUGAGCUUAAACCAGAGUACAAGAAAGCUGGUGAAGAUGAUACAGGUGGGGAGUAAACUAUAGACUACAUGUGCCAUAGUCACAAUGUCUUAUAACCACGGAGUUAUUUUGAUUAAAGGAACUUUAGCCCGAGAAGAGGGGUUGUUACAUUUUAAUUUGUAUUAUUGAAGGCAAAAAAGUACAAAUUAUGAAAGUGAUUGUUUUCUUUUAAA